CGGAACGCGACAAUAAGUCCACUUUGAGAUUCCCACGGUGCCUUCACGCCUUUGUUUAGGAGAGUUCUCUCACACGUUGUCCUCGCUCCGGCAACUAGGGACACUCACUUCACUAACAAUCAAAAUCUUUUCUUUCCUUCACUUGCACCAUGAGCGAACAAGGUCCUCCCCAAGGCGGGCCCCCUCAGGGAAUUCCCAUCCCAAUGGGACCCAACGGCGAACGGCCAACACCCGAGCAAAUACGGCAAAUUCAACAGCAGCUCGCCGCCGAAGCAGAAAAGCACGGCAUCUCGGUUCAAGAAUACGUCCAACGGCUCAGAGAACAAGCCAUGGCCCAGCAACAGGCGCAAAUGCAGGCGCAACAACAGGCACAGCAGCAGCAGCAGGCACAGCCAAUUCAACCAGGCCCGCCAAAACCAGAAGCGCUUGCGGUAGCAAACUGGCUGAAGACGCAGGACCUGAAGCCACGGACCGUGGUACACGAUGAAAAGCGAAAGGACAUGUUCAGAGUGAAGCGAGCAAUCCGCGCGCUCCAGUCCCCGGCCUACCAAAAGGCCCGCUCAAAGAACCCCCUCCUCCCCGAAGUUACCGACCGCCCCUCCGCCGAGAACACUUUCAAGCUUCUCCCACUGUCCCUCCUCGCGCUCCGAGUCACCAAGGUCGACGAAGACGCCCAUGAAGGCCACAACCACGCCAAGCCCAAGCGCGUCAAGGGCCUGUGGACCGUCAAGAUCGAGCAGCACCAGGAGGCCAACGAUGACUGCUACUACAUCUGGCUGUACGAGGGGUCGCAGUGGAAGCAGAAGCUGUAUGCGGUGGGCGCGCUGAUUGGCAUCAUGGCGGUUGUGCUCUUCCCUCUGUGGCCGCUGAUGCUGAGGCAGGGUGUCUGGUAUCUCAGUAUGGGCAUGCUGGGUCUGAUCGGACUGUUCUUCGCCAUGGCAAUCGUUCGUCUGAUCAUCUUCAUCCUCACCAUCUUCACGAUACCGCCCGGUUUCUGGCUAUACCCCAACCUCUUCGAGGAUGUGGGCUUCUUCGACUCAUUCCGGCCAGUAUGGGCGUGGCAGGAGACGCCCGAGGACAUUAAGAACAAAAAAGCCGCCAAGAAAGAGAAGAAGGCUGCCAAAGCAGCCGCUAAGGCCGCCGCCAACGGUAGACCCAUCAAGAGCAAGAAGGGCGCCCUUGAGGCGGCACCUGUGUCAUCUCCUAGUGCGCCCGAGGCAGAAGAGGUCGAUGAGGCUCCCCAGCCCACUGGAGCAGAAACAUCACCAGCAGCGGAAGGUCUCGCACAACGACCGCCGCGAGCUAUAGUAGAAGAAGUAGACGACGAGUAGUUGUAGUUAGUCAGUAGACGGCAAGGGUUAUUGGUUUGGGCUGGUAUGAUAUGGUAUGGUACGGUAUGGUUUCAGGGGUUUCCUCUUCCAUCGCAUGGGUUAGCUGGUGUAUCGGCGUCGACAGUCAGUCUCGGGCCGCCUUAUAUCGGUUCAUGCUUUUUCUUUGGCAGCAGUCUUUUCUUCUGCGCAAUGCAUAUAUUCUCGCUGCAUUGUCUUGCCGCAUAUCUUGUCUCCGUCGUCGCUUGAUCUGGCCCGUGUAUAUGGCCGUGAAUUUUGUUUCUCUACUGCCUGCCUAUGCGAAGAAGUGUUAUAAGGCAGAAGAGAGUGAUAACGGUACAACAAGCUGCGUGUAUGUACACCUAGGUAGGGACAUCAAGGUUACUGCUACCAACUCCCACUUGUUUCGACAUAAUUAAUAUGACAAUAUACAACAUAUACACCGCG